AUGCCCGGGACCUCCGUCAAGCUGUACGGUCGAAGGAAGGAAGAGGCUGCAGCGGCAGGCGAAGACGCCCGACUGGAGGCUCUAGCAGGAGAGGCCGAGGGCUACGAUGAGUACAUCCCGCUCAAGGAGCGGAGACGAAGAGAGGCGGAGAGGAGGGCGGGCAAGCUGGGCAAGAACCGGAGGGACAGGGAGCGCGCGAGGCUAGAGCAGGAGAGGGAGGAAGACGAGCGGAUGGCGAGCAAGCGUGCGGCGGCGGCGAUAUCCUCCGCCGCUGGCGACGGAGAGGGAGGAGGAGAAGACGCGGCGGAGGCGGCGGCGGGACCGGGGGCGGAAGGGAGCAAGAAGCCCCGCACUCUGCUGGAGGCCGCGAAGGAGCUCAAGAAGGCCACCGCAAACUUAGACGCGGGCACGAUAAAGCAGAUGAAGGCUAAGGAGGAGGAGCACCGCAUGCUCAAGGAAGCAAACCAGGUGCAACCAAAAGUUUUGGUGAGGCUGCUCCCGACGCAGUAUGCAACCGGUGUCUUGCAAACUUGUGCAAACAAACAACGCGUUCAUGAGUGUUCCCGUACGCAACCGGUGUCUUCCAAACAGGUCCAAACGAACGCUUUGAUGAGUGCUGCGGAGGUGGCCAAGGGUACCCGCUACACGGAGGCGUUGACAACGUCCUGGCGGCCCCCUAAGUACUACAGGGACAUGACGGAGGAAGACUGCGACAAGCUUAGGGAGAAGUGGAGCAUUCUCGUAGACGGGGAGAAGAUUCCUCCGCCAAUCAAGUCGUUCAGGGAGAUGAAACUGCCGGAUCCGAUGCUGGCCGCGCUUGAGGCGAAGGGCAUCAAACGCCCCACCCCUAUCCAGGUCCAAGGAGUUCCAGUGGCGUUAUCCGGACGGGAUAUGAUCGGAAUCGCCUUUACGGGGUCGGGUAAGACGGUUACCUUCAGCAUACCCCUCAUCAUGCUGGCGCUAGAGGAGGAGAUGAAACUGCCGGUGGUGGGAGGAGAGGGCCCGUUUGGGGUUAUCCUGUGUCCUUCGCGAGAACUGGCGAGACAGACAUUCGAAGUCGUGGACUACUUCUGCAAGCACCUGCACAGAGGGGGCUUUCCCGAGCUGCGUACGGUUCUGUGCAUCGGUGAGAGCGACAUGAAGUUUGGGGGCGGGGAGGACAAGCGCAGCCAGAUCGACCCGAUUCAGAGGCAGGGCGUCCACUGCAUCGUGGCCACUCCGGGCCGAAUCAGCGACCUCCUCCAUACCCACAAGGUCCACUUCGACCUCUGCAAGUACAUCUGUCUGGACGAAGGGGAUCGAAUGUUGGACAUGGGUUUCGAUGAAGAGGUACAGAAGAUCAUGAACCACUUCAAGCAGCAGCGGCAAACGCUCCUGUUCUCGGCCACGAUGCCGCAAAAGUUCCAGGACUUCGCGAAGGACGUUCUCGUGAAGCCGAUCCUCGUGAACGUCGGACGUGCAGGAGCGGCUAACCUCGACGUUAUCCAAGAGGUGGAGUACGUGAAGCAGGAGGCGAAGAUCGUGUACCUCUUGGAGUGCUUGCAGAAGACCGCGCCGCCGGUGUGCAUCUUCUGCGAGAAGAAGCAGGAUGUGGACGACAUCCACGAGUAUCUGCUGCUGAAGGGAGUGGACGCCGUGUCCAUCCACGGUGGCAAAGAGCAGGAGGAGCGAAAUGAAGCCAUCAAACUCUUCAAGGAGGGCGUCAAGGACGUGUUGAUCGCCACCGACAUCGCCGCCAAGGGUCUGGACUUCCCCGACAUCCAGCACGUGAUCAACUUCGACAUGCCCGACGAGAUCGAGAACUACGUGCACAGGAUCGGUCGGACGGGUCGCUGCGGGAAGACCGGGGUGGCAACAACUUUCAUCAACAAGGCAAGCUGUGGCACGGGCUACGUGUUUAUCUUUCCAUGGAAGUGGACGCUACCGUAUUGCACACAAGAUAACACCCCCCCAAAAGAGUCGGCGUUGCUGGAUCUGAAGCACCUUCUCAUGGAGGCCCAGCAGCGGGUGCCUCCCGUCCUCAUGGCUCUGGAAGACCCCGACCAGGAGAUGGACGAGGUGGACGGCGUCAAGGGCUGCGCGUUCUGCGGUGGUCUCGGCCACCGCAUCACCAACUGCCCCAAGAUCGACAAGACCGCCAGCCAGAAGGCCGGCGCGCAGAGAGACGUGCUCGCGGACACGGGCGGAUAUGGCGGGGACUGGUAGCCUUCCUUCCUUCCUUACCCCCUGCUCUUCGCUUGAUCUGUCCAUGUCUGCGGGUUGCCGCGCUGCGCGUGGUCGUAGUUGUUGUGGUCGCCAGGGCCGCCGUUCUACCCUUCUGCUGCUACUGCUGCUGCUGCUGCCGCCGCGCUGCCCCUGAUCGUGUUACUUGCACUGCUGCGGUCGCGCUACUGCCGCUGCUGCGGUCCUGCUACUGCCGCUGCUGCAAAGUGUGCUACUUCCGCUGCUGCGAAGUUUGCUACUUCCGGUGUUGCAAUGGUGCUACCCGCUGCGGAAAUGUUGCUGUACUUGCACUGCUGCGGCGGUGGCUGUUGUUUCUGUCCGGAGCCAGGCGUUGGCCCCCUUACCGGAAGCCGGUGGUGUUGCCCCUUGGGUUGCUACAUGCAUGAUUUCCGUUACUACGAUAUAUCCGUUGCCGUAUUAUGGGG